AUGUAUUCUCUGAUCACCAAGAUCGGCGCUCUGGCUGUGGCCUCGCUGGCCACCCAGGCUACUGCCAUGCCAUCGAACAAUCAACCUGACCCUUUCUCCAAUGCCUCUUGGCCUCUUCCUCACCCUGUGACGGGUGCUUCGAAUCCUGGAGCCAACAAUAGCUAUGAUGGAUGGGGUGGUGUCCAUCUUCACGAUCCAUCGAUUGUGAUGGGUCCUGAUGGCCACUACUACUCCUUCUCAACUCAUGGCCUAGUCGUCAUUAGUAGAGCUUCUUACCCCAACUCGUUAGAUGGGUACUGGGAGCCAAUUGGCUCCGUGCUCGAGGGUUCCAGCAUCAUCAACAACACUGGAAGCACCGAUCCAUGGGCUCCUGACGUGCAUAAGGUCGGGGAUACCUACUACUGCUACUACGCAGUCUCGCAAUUCGGCAGCCAGUUCUCCAGCAUCGGACUCGCCACCUCAAAGACACUCAGACCUGGUAGCUGGACCGACCACGGUGCCGUUAUCACCUCAAACACCACUGCCCCCACACCUCUGAACAUCACCAACGCCAUCGAUGCAAACUUGUUCAUCGACCCAAAGACAAAGAUCCCUUACCUCACUUACGGCAGUUUCUGGAGUGACAUCUGGCAAUUCCAGCUGGCUCAAGACUUGCUCAGCGUUGUCUCGAGUCCUGCACCUACGCAGUUGAGCUUAGAUCCUGUGAGCCCCCAGGCUGAAGAGGGUCCUUAUCUAAGCCGUCACGAUAGUUGGUACUACCUCUGGUACAGCCAUGGCUCAUGCUGCGGCUACAAUGUCGCUGCUCUACCUGCUCCCGGUCAAGAAUACUCCAUCCGUGUCGGCCGCUCAAGAUCAGCUACCGGUCCCUUCGUCGACCGCAAUGGUAUAGACCUCAGAAACGGUGGCGGCUACAUUGUCUACGGCAGUCACGAUCGCGUGUAUGGCCCUGGUGGUCAAGCUGUACUUGCAAAUUACCAUGGCCGCGAUGUUCUCUACUAUCAUUACGUCGAUACUGUUCAGAAUCCUCAGUACCUUGAUGAACUCAAGCUUUUGGGCUGGAACUACAUCAACUAUAUCCAGGGAUGGCCAGUGUUGGUUUACAACUAG